UAAACUGACAGUUCUUUGAUGACGUUCACGUGACGUGUACGGUAACUUUGAUAGUAUUUAUUAAUAUGGGUGCUUAAAAUUUUUGUGUAAAAAUAAUGAAUAUCGACGACUUUUUAAACUCCAGUGGUGAGGAAGGCAACAGUGAUCUUGAAACCAUGGAUGUUGCAUUGGGUUGUGAAAAUCCGGAGCUCAUGAGCUCCGAAUUUUUUGAUUCAGUACUCUCAUUAGAGAACAAUAUGGAUGAUGAAUUUUUCCCAAAUUUUGAAGAGGAUGUUAAUCUGUCCAGCGAUGCCAGUUCUAACGUAGACGAAGUCUUAUCGCCGCAAAGUUAUUAUUCCGAAAGUGAUAAGAACAGUUCUUGCUUGGAAAAUUAUGAUGACACCAGUACCAUAUUGGGAAAUAUUGAUGGUUUUGAUGAAUUAAUGUCCAUUUUAGAUCCGAUUCCAGAUGUUCCAGUAAAAGAAGAAAUUAAGCCUGUUACAGUACCUCCUACUCCCGUUCAAAAAUUACCCACACAAAUCCUCAUUCAGAAUCCUAACAACAAAAAAUGUAUAGCAAGGCCCAUGAUAACUACUACUAGUCAAGUGAAAAGGCCUUUAAUAAAAACUAAACCUCAGAUACUUAAAGUACAACAGAUAUCAAAUAAUGGUAGCCCCGUUCUACUACCGCUUAAUAUAAAAAGUAUAAAAAUACUGAGCAGUCCGGCAGAAGUUGCUGCUCUGACCAACAAUAUGAGAAAAAGAAAGGUGGAACCUAAAAUUGAGGAUGAUACUAACGUUGUCAGCUCUACAAAUCACUAUCCACCACUAGUGCUUACACCUGAAGAAAAGAGGCUAUUAGCUAAGGAAGGUAUUGCUCUGCCCACCCACCAUCCACUAACCAAAAAUGAUGAAAGGGAGUUGAAGAGGAUUCGAAGAAAAAUCAGGAAUAAGAUUUCAGCACAGGAUUCCAGAAAGCGCAAGAAAGAGUAUGUUGACAGUUUGGAGGAGAGAGUUAGAAGAGGUUCUGAGGAAAAUAAAAACCUGCUACAAAGAGUUAAGGCACUUCAGAGGCAAAACAAAACAUUGAUUGCUCAUGUGAAUAAGCUGCAGGCCUUAAUUUGCAACUCUACAACAUCCAAAGCUACACCAUCUACAUGUCUUAUGGUGGUUCUUCUGUCCGCUUUGUUGGUCUCAUUGCCAAACAUGAAAUUGUUUGAGAGCAAAAAUUCUUCUCAGAUGCCAAAUGAGCAAGAACAGGUAGCUGUGAGAAGAACAUUGCUUUCCAGCCAACAGCCAACUGAAGAUAAUUUGAACAUGGAGGAGUUCCUGGUAUUUAAAGAUGAGGAGGACUUUGACGGAAAACUCGAUGAGAUGGACAUGGAUAACUCCACCGAACAAGAGAUCUCAAAGAUCCUUGAAGAUAUGGGUAGAAAGUUCGAGAGUAUCCAGCCAGAGACUAAAGACUCUCUGGGCUUCUUCGGCAAGAUCAUGGAAUCUGUCAAGGGGUACCUCUCUAAGGACAAGAAGGACAUGUUUGGUGCUGCGGAUUAUGGGGGAUUCCAGAAGAAGGGUUUUAUAGAGCCGGACAUAGAUGAUUUUACACACGCGGAAGACCCUCCUAAGAAGAGAAUGAGGUUGGAUCCGGAUUUAGGGCCGCUAAAUGAAAAUAUAGUCACGACGACCACGUUGAAUACGCGUGCUCUGAAUACAAAGGAAAAAUGAAGUUUUUGAGUGUUAAAGAUAACUUUAUUUGACGACAACUAAAUAAAUGUGGCAAAUGAAAUUUGCCAGAUUGUUCUUUUACGUUCUCGUCGAAAAAAAUUUGUUUUUUUGUUAACAGAGAAAGAUGCAUCGUUUUGUACACACUUUGAAUGAAAUUAUACAUCGUUGCGGUAGAGUUUCAUUAAAAAUGUUAGUAUUUUCAACGAAAUAUCCUUCUGUUCAAAAUUACUUGUAGGAGGGGAUCCGAUAUAUGGUCGACCUGCAUCGAUCUGUUUAACGGAGAAAAAUUAUUUGAUAUGUUAACAAUUAUAAAAAAAAAACAAGGGGUGCCCGAUACAAUUUUGUCCAGACUAUUAUAAUAAUUAAAAAUGACUAUUUUUUUAUAAAUAAAAAAAAUUCGGCCCUGACAGAUAUUAUUUUAGAUUUUUUGGAUCAUUCAAAAAAAAAGGUAUUUUGUAAUGUUUCUCUUAAAUUGAUCUUUUUCGAUUUAUAAACAAUUAAAAAAUUUAAAAAAAAAAAACGAAAAAUGAUGAUUUUUAAGGCUCAAAACACAAGUAAAAAAUAUUAUUUUUGUAAUCAUCAAGAACCUAAAUUCAAGUUCAAACCUUCUACCAUGUCCCGAUAAGAAUUGUUGUUUAGAAGGUUUUAUUCUAAAAUAUAUUGUUUUACUUGCUACUGAGGAAGAUUCCUUAUGGGAAGACGGGCGAUCGGGCUGCAUGAACUAAAAAACCAUGUUUUAAAUUAAAAUUGGUCCAAAAUACUUAUCAAGAACUGAUGGAAUAAGGUUUGAACUUGAAUUUAGGUACUUCGUAAUUUCAAAAAUGAUAUUUUUUACUUCGAUCUUUUUUCAGCUUUAAGUUGUUUUUAACUCAAAAACGACCAACUUAAGAAAAAUUACAAAAUACCUUUUUUGUUUCGAAUGAUCCAAAAAUCUAAAAAAAAUUAUUGCCAGGGCCAAAAUUUUUUUUUAUCUAUAAAAAAAAGUUAUGAUUUUUAAUUAUUAAUUAAUUAUAGUCAGAACAAAAUUAUAUCCCACUGUUUGGGGAUAUAAUGGGGGCACCCAUUGUUUUUUAUAAUUUUUAACAUACCAUAUUACAUAUCAAAUAAUUUUUAUUCAUUAAACGAAUCGGUGCAGGUCGACCUUAUAUUGUAUCUUAGACUAUUGCAUAUUAUUUGUAGAUGUCCUAUUAGAUUUUUUAAUAUAAAAGUAUUUGUGCUAGUAUCAUCUAACGUACGAAAUUUUUUAUCUUUAUAUUAUUCAUUCCAUAUUUAUUAGAUACAUUCUUCAGUAGAUUAUUUUUGCUUGAAAUUUUUAUUUUUUCAAAUAUUAUUUUUGUUAUCAAGUCGUGUACUUCAUUUUUAUUUUAAGACUGUGUAAAAGAGAUUUUUAUUAAUUAAUAUUUAUAUAAACCAUCGCAACAUAUAUAUUUUGCUUGGAAUGCCUGUCGGUUUUUAACUUGGUUAGUUAAGUUUGCCUAGAUUUAUCUACAACACAAUGUUAAAUGUUUAUGGUUUAUUGUAACUUAAAAGUUAAAUAAAUGCAUUUAACAGGUCUGGA